UACAGUAUUUGUCCUACCUUACUAGACAACGAAACGCAAUGGCCAGACACUGUUCGGUUGACGAGUAACACGUUUAUGUCACACGAACGAAGAAUUGAACCCACGAGCGGCAAAAUAAAAGCGUGCAACACCUUGGAAAGAAAAUAUCGCGUCAACGUUUUGUCGGGGGCAACACUUUUUUUUUUUUUUUUUUUUUUUUUUUUACAAGGCACUUCGACAGCUGCGUGUUUUCAAACAAGCCAUCAACAAAGAAUGAAAUCAUUCAAACGAGUUCUGGAAGAGGAGCGGAUGCGAGAGCAGGAGCUGUCAGCCAUGUCUGACAGUGACCCCUUUGAGGAUGACAGCUCCACCCUUGACCUGUCUGGUGGGGGCUCGGGCAAGCGGCGUCGCCGUGGCAACCUGCCCAAGGUAGCAGUGCAGGUGCUGCGGAGCUGGCUGUACGAGCACCGCUUCAACGCCUACCCCUCAGAGCAGGAGAAACUCAGCUUGUCAGAUCAGACCAGCCUUUCUGUGCUGCAGAUAUGCAACUGGUUCAUCAAUGCCCGCCGCCGCCUCCUCCCCGACCUUCUCCGCAAGGAUGGCAAAGACCCCACCCAGUUCACCAUCUCCAGGCGGGCGGGGAAGGGAGAGGGCUGCCCAGCCACAGGAGGAUUUGGCAGUUCCCCUGAAAGCCCCACCUCAGUCCACUCUCCAGCCCUGCCCCCUCUCAGGCCCUCUGUCAUCCGACCAGCCCCCACACUGGACCUCAGCCUCCUGGGAAAUACUGCCACUGCCAUCCUUUUGGGAGCUGGCUACCCCAGCCAAGAGGGCUACUGUGUCCAGGCCCUGAUGCAGCUGGACAUGCAGAGUCUCCUGAGGAGGGAGGCCGAGGAGAAGGGCUCCAAGGUUAUCAGCGCCAGCCCCACUGGCGGGCUAUUCAACACGCCGCCCCCCACGCCUCCGGAGCUGUGCCCCUGCCAGGAUUUCAGUGACUUGAGGUUGCUGGUGGAUGCAGCUCUCCAGAGGGCCGCCGAGCACGAGAGUCAGAGGCUGCUCCCAGAGUACCAGAGCAGGGCUACUGCAGAAGCGACGGGUGGCUGUAGCCACAGCAGCAGUGCUAUGGGUCCGACCACUCCACCGGCGCAGAGCCAAGCUACGUUUGACUCGCCCAGAGAGCAGAGUCCUGCGAACAAGGCGGUGGUGUCCCCAGUUUCAGUCCUAAUCCAUGUCCCAGUCUGUUCUGCACCUAAACUCGCAAUGGCCUCUGUACCGGCUCCAAAUGUGCCUCCCCUCCUAGCCCAAAUGCCAGUUUCAACUCCCUUUCCAACCUUUGUCCCAGCUCCAACUCCAAUCCCAACCAAACCCCUUCUCCCAAGCCCCGUUCAAACCUUUGCCGGUGUACCAACUGUGUCCUGUGUCCCAACCUCAGUCCCAGCUCCAAGCUCUACCCAGGUCCCAACCCUAACCUCUGUCCUAACCCCGGCCCAACCUUUAGCCCCAGCACCACCAGCCCUCAACCCAUUCCUGGGCCUGGCCUCCCUCCAGCCCUUGUCCUCCUCCAUCCCCAACAGCAGUGUCCAGAGGGCCCAGUCGGUGCCCAGUGUGUGGAGUGUGGUCCACAGCGAUGUUACAGUCCGACAGCCUGUCCCCGUGGUUCAGACUCCCAAGGCCGCCGUGUGGGGGCCACAGCACACCUUGCACACUGUCAGCGAAACCGUCAACUAGAGCCACGGCCACUCCCUUGUCUGUGUGUAUGUGAGGGAGCCCCAUAUCCCUACUCAGACUGCCCCUACCUAUGUGUACGUUUCCUUCAUCGGCCCCUCUGACACUAUGCUCUGCAGUUUGGAUAUGGCAGAACUCAUGCAUACGGUUCAUACAUCAGACGCUAGGAAGGAUACGAUGGGAUGGAAAGACGAUUGUUUUUAAAGACGGUGCUUUUUUUAAGCAUUUUUAUCAGGAUUUAUCCAAUGCAGACUGUUGCUGGGUGGAACCUUUCAAUGUGGUUUUUCAAUCAACAUUUCAGAGUAUAGGUUAAACGUUGCGACGGUUGACAUAAGAACGACGACACCAAGUUCCAUGAUGUAGUUUUUAACUCCCUUUUCCACUAUCUCAACUAUUUCCAAAAGGGGUCAAGGAGGACAUUUCCUUCCCCUGUGAUGUUUUUUUUUUUAAACAGUGAAGUUGCACCAGUAGAGCUAGGCUUAUCUGUCGCAAUACUGGACUUGGUUGAAUGUAUUAAGGUUACUUUUAUCUCUGGCGGUCUAGCCUGUCAAUCAUUCCCACCAAGGUUAAACAAGGGUGGACCUGGGGCUGAGACAAGUGUUUUUCAAGCCCUGGUGUUGCGCUCCUCCAGUACAGUUUAUGCACUUUAGAUAUUUUCAUGUCCACAUCUUCACACAGUGCCGGAAGACGGGCGGAAGGGGAAAUUGAUUGUAUUGCAGUGUGCCUGACUGCACAGCUCCAAUGUCUGUCUCCUCUCUCCUUGCCUUAAUUAAAGCUACUGUAAAAAAGUGGCCACCAUGGAUUCUACAUUUGAGACACUAAAUCAUCAGUUGCAAAGAAUAUGAACUCUUUUUUAAAAACUUUUUUAAAUGUUCAUUUAAACCUGUUUCCAAAAUAGUAUCUUAGUAGGUAAAUGUUUUUGUGUGAAAACACACCAGGAAUUAUAUAUAUUUUUUGGUCUGUUACUUUCUGCGCUAUCUUUAUGCAUCAUGUACAAUUUCCAGGGAUGUAUUGUUUUUAUUGUGGAUGUGAAGGAGGUGGAAUUCCUGUCUGUGUGUUUGAGAGCGAUGGGGCGGGAGGUCCCGUUAUAGAAAUCGAUUUUGUGGCGAAGCUAAAGGCUUAGUUCUUAAGGGUAAUGUAACACUUGCUAUAAUUGCCCUAUUAUGCCAUAGUCUUUUAUGGAUGAAGCUUGUCACAAACAUUUCAAGCUUUUGGGCACCCCUGUUUGGAGAGGGAUUGACCCAAGUAGCGAAUCAUUGGCGGCUUAAGAUUUGGUCCUUGUGUUGCAAACAAAUAUAUCUUAAUUGAAACGCCUGUUGUUGCUUGGAUGACAAUCUGGUCAGUGUUGUAUUGAAUUAGUUGAUUUUUAAUGUUGAGUAAGUUAUUGAGAAGCAAACUGUCUGACUUCCUUUCUCUCUCUUUUCCCUCUGUUUUAGCGACGCAUAUCCUCUCGUUAGACUAUUUCUUAUAUGGUUGUAGUUUCCAUGAAACAAUCUCUCAUACUGCAUGUUAUGGCCAAAUCGACGCCGCACAGAGUUAGUUGGGGCUCUACUACGUAAACAGUGCUGCUGCAAAGUAAUUUUCUUCUGUCCAUGGGUCAGUUCAAAUGGGACUAACUUAGUCUUUAAUAGCUGUUACCGGUGCCAUACAUGUAAUGACCCUGGUGGUGAUUUUUUUUGUUUUUGUUUUUUUACAACUAGAUGCAUGAGAAGAGCAGAUAUGGAAUCCUGUGUUAUUAUAUACCUAGAUUUGUGACUAGCACAAACCCCCAUUCCUUCACUUCCUCUUGUUUUCUGCUCUUUCGUGAGGCUUAAUGUCAGCACCAUUUCCUGAAUUGUCUAGAAUAUCAGUGGGGAAGGGUAGAUGUUCUAGAUCCUCUGCUAACGGAGAUAUGCUAAAAGAGUCGCCUCUUUCUCACACACUUUGGGUCGACUGUAGGGUUCGGUCAGACUUGAGUCUGAAUACUAAGCAAAGAAUGUUAACUAGUUUAACAGGUUUUGAAUGCAGUACAAUAAAGCGGGUAUGUGGUUUAUUCAUUACUACACUUCUAUGUUACUACAUAUUACUCAUUGUGAUACUGGAAUCGGCUGGAUACUGAACAUUAUUUAGAAAGGCUAUUUUAUAUAUAUCAGGUUUUGGAUGCAGAAUGAAACUUGAGUCGUAGAUGCCAAUGGGAAAAAUGUCACGGUGGGGACGGGGCCAUGAACUGUCUCAAAUGUGUAGCAUCUCAAUACGACCAAAUGCAUCCUAAAUGUUUUUCCAUUUCACUGUGAAAUCAUGGCUGAUGUGUGGGGCAAUAUAACUGGCUGUCGUGCCUUAAACCUGGGAUUGAGGGAACAUGCCCCUUCUACAUAGAAACUUUUGAAUAGUCGGUGCAAUAUAUGCCUUAAACUUUAAAUGUGUUUUGUACAAGCGUUUCAGAGAAUAAAACCUUUUUCAUACGCUG